UAAGUUGAGAUGAAUUGUGAAAACAAACUCGUAUAAAUUUAAAGAUUCCCAAAAAUUCAAACUCGCUCCCCAUUGGUUGAUAUCAAAAGACACGGAUCGUGGAAGAAAACCCACUCUUCCUCGACAGCCGUCGAUAAGGCAUUAAAUCCAACAGUCACGACCCUCUCACUUUCUGAUCCACGCACCCACAUGGUUCGCACUUGUCACCCCACGGCCUCUAUAAAAUUGUACGCCAACUAAUCUCAGUCCAUUCCUUUCAUUGAUUCCAGUUCCAUUUUCCGGUCAGUGUGUUCAGUCGGUCGGACUUGCGGCGUUUCGAUCUUUUAGGUUUCUGAUGGAGAAGAAGGGCGCGGGAGGAAGGAGAGGUGGUGGAGGGCCCAAGAAGAAGCCCGUUUCCCGUUCCGUCAAAGCCGGUUUGCAGUUCCCGGUCGGGAGGAUAGGUCGGUACCUGAAGAAAGGGAGGUACUCGCAGCGUAUUGGGACCGGUGCUCCGGUUUAUAUGGCAGCCGUGCUCGAGUACCUAGCUGCCGAAGUUCUGGAGUUGGCCGGGAAUGCAGCUCGCGAUAACAAGAAGAAUAGGAUAAUCCCAAGGCAUGUUCUGCUGGCAGUGAGGAACGACGAAGAGCUGGGGAAGUUGCUUUCUGGCGUUACCAUUGCUCAUGGCGGUGUUCUUCCGAACAUCAACCCGAUUCUAUUGCCUAAGAAGACCGACAAGGCUUCGAAAGAGCCCAAGUCUCCGGCUAAGGCCACCAAAUCCCCCAAGAAGGCUUAGCUGCUUUGUCAUUGAUUGCCAAUUUUAACGCCGCUUUUUCCAUCUGUAUGUAGCAUCCUGAUUUUAGGAUCGAUCCCUUUUUUCUUCUUUUUGAAUUUAUGUUGUUGCUUUUGUAGGUGUAAACUGAUGUAUUCGAC